AAUGCAUGUUGGGUCGUCUUGGCAUGCGCGGUAGCCAAUAGCGCCGGCUAAGAGAACUCCACUGUCCGGAGAAGGAUCCGAGAGCCGCGACCUCGACCAGUGCGCAGUAACACAAGCGUUAUGCGAUCUUCCUCGGAGAUGGCCUGCCAAGGUCAGUUAUGGAGACUCGUCAUUCCUCCCCUCCGCAUGCGGAUGGCGAGAAGACCAGGUCGGGGUAUAACUGCAGCCAACGCGCUUGUAAGCGCCGGAUGCACCGCUCGUCUCCUCCCCAUUGGCCAACCUUGCGCCACCGCCUGCACCAGAUCGUACACGCAUUAGCGCAAUCCCACCGGGUUUAGCAUGGCGAGCAGAGUUGGCAACAUUGAUUGCACAUGUGUCUGAUAUGGUGGUUCUACUCUGCUCACCGAUGGCAAUAUGCAGGCUGCUCGCCGCCGGUGGCAGGGGUGGCACUGCGUUUGCUAGAGAAGCCGGUGGCAUCGGUGGCAGCCGGCCAGCAAGAGGGCAAUGCCGUCAGCGGAAAUGACAAACUGCUUGCUGGCCAAGGGGCAUCUGCUUGCAUGUUCGAUGGAGCAUGUCUGGCCAGAUGUCGGGCAAGUCUGGGCGGUGUUUCCAAAGGUAAAUUGUCGUCCUGCUUGCAGAGUCUAAACUUCAUGAGGAAGCUCUGGGCCAAGAAAUUUUGGGUCUCGCUGUUUAUCCCGAAUACCGAUCAAUGUGGGUUUGCGGCACAGCUCAAGCCCGGGUUGGAGCCGGCCGAAGGAGAACGUGGAGGGCCGGGAACGAGUUCCGCUCCUCACAGGCCCUGCGAGCAAGAAAGAUGCGCCGCAUUGCGGAUGUUUCUCCAUUCGUUUCGUUUCGCGAAGAGAUUGUAGUGAAGGCUGAACUGCAGGAUCUCAAGCUUCAGGUUUCCUCGGGGUGGUCUGUGCGGAGUGUCCUUCGUCAAGGGGUUCAAACACGACACACAGA